GUAGAAAUAAUUAUACUCACACAAGACCUCGUUGGUGGUAUAAUCGCUUAAAAACAUCUGAAGAACAAUUUACAGGUGUAUCCACUUUUUCCAAAAAGCGGACUGCGACAGAUGAAGAUAUGCCCAAGAAACUGGCAAAAUCCGAUGAGACUAAUUUUUCACAGUCACAUAAGCCAGUUGGUUUUUCUACUGGAAGCUUUAUCAGAACAUCCGCAGCACUGCCCACUAGCAGAGUUUCCACAACGCAAUUCUUUAUCGGGUUGUCCACAGCACAACCCUCCAUCUUGACGAACCAACACGUAACGACG